AUGUUGAACGGGUACCAAUUCUACGAUUACGUUCCUGUUCCCGUUCCCGUCGAGCAGUACUUCCACCAUGGCCAUGACACCGGCUUCUUCAGCUCCGACGAGUUCCGGAUGUACUCCUACAAAAUCAAGCGCUGCCCGAGAAUGCGCAGCCACGACUGGACCGACUGCCCCUACGCCCAUCGCGGCGAGAAAGCACAGCGCCGCGACCCGCGUAGGUAUCCCUACGCCGCCAUAGUCUGCCCGGCCUUCCGCAACGGCGUCUGCUACAAGGGCGACGCGUGCGAGUACGCGCACGGGGUGUUCGAGUACUGGCUCCACCCUGCGCGUUACCGCACGCGCGCCUGCAAUGCGGGCCUGUUGUGCACCCGCAAGGUCUGCUUCUUUGCUCACUCCCCGGACCAGCUGCGGGUCCCGCCACCCGAGUCGACCAAAUCGUUCAAGUGUCGACAGCACCACAACAACUUUGUCUAUCGCCCCGUCGGAGAUCACUUGCUGAUGAGCGGUGCCAAUGGAGCCACCUCAGUGCGGUCGCCAGAACGGUUGGCGACAAAUAACAAUGUUAUUGUCGCCGACAGGUUCUCUGAAUUUUUGAGCAGUUUGAGGGCAUUGAAGUUAAAUGAUCAGGAGGGCAAUGGUGGUAGUGGUGAGGUGGAUAUGAGGGUCGACGAGAAUGGGCUGCCGGAAACUUUGGAGGUUGAUUGGGUUUCGGAGCUGUUGCAGUAA